UGCCGGGGGCUCGGUUGCCGCGUGGCGGGUGCAGGGGGUUGGGCAGUCCGUCGUGCGUGUGUGCUGGAGCAGCUACUACGCUUACAGUUCUCUGCUGCCCUACAGCUUCGGCAUCAGCUGUGAAGGUUGUGGGUCGUGGACCUCCAGACAUGAGCGUAGGCUUCAUCGGAGCAGGGCAGCUAGCCUUUGCCCUGGCCAAGGGCUUCACAGCUGCAGGUGUUCUGGCUGCACACAAGAUAAUGGCCAGCUCUCCAGACAUGGACCAAGCUACGGUCUCUGCCCUCCGGAGGAUAGGGGUGAACCUGACAGCCCACAACAAGGAGACGGUGCGCCACAGUGACGUGCUCUUCCUGGCCGUGAAGCCGCACAUCAUCCCUUUCAUCCUGGAUGAAAUUGGUGCUGACAUCGAGGACAGGCACAUCGUGGUGUCUUGUGCGGCUGGUGUCACCAUCAACUCCAUUGAAAAGAAGCUGACAGCGUUCCAACCUGCUCCCAAAGUCAUCCGAUGUAUGACUAACACCCCGGUCGUGGUGCGGGAGGGGGUCACUGUGUAUGCCACAGGUACUCACGCUCAGGUGGAGGACGGCAAGCUCGUGGAGCAGCUCAUGGGCAGCGUGGGCUUCUGCACGGAGGUGGAGGAAGACCUGAUCGAUGCUGUCACGGGCCUCAGCAGCAGCGGCCCAGCCUACGCUUUCACAGCCCUGGAUGCUCUGGCCGAUGGUGGUGUGAAGAUGGGGCUUCCACGACGCCUGGCGGUGCGCCUGGGGGCCCAGGCCCUCCUGGGAGCAGCCAAGAUGCUACUGGACUCAGAACAGCACCCAGGCCAGCUCAAGGACAAUGUCUGCUCUCCCGGUGGGGCCACCAUCCAUGCUCUGCAUGUGCUAGAGAGCGGGGGCUUCCGCUCCCUGCUUAUCAACGCCGUGGAAGCCUCCUGCAUCCGCACACGGGAGCUGCAGACCAUGGCUGAUCAGGAAACCGUCUCCCCUGCUGCCAUCAAGAAGACUGUACUGGACAAGGUGAAGCUGGAUUCCUCUGCUGGGGCCUCUCUGUCUUCUGAUCAUGUUAAACCUUUGCCCUGACAGCUGGUCCCAGCAGGCAAGAAUGAUUCGUCUGCCAACCUUC